UUUUAUAACGAAACAAACGGGGUAUAAAAGAGCUUAGCUGGCUCUUGUAGACUGCUAUUACUCUGGUUGGUGACUGGUACAAUCGCCCAUUGACGAAGUAGUUUCUGUUUCCCGGUGAAUCUUCUCCCAAAAUGAACGAGGAUGAUGUAUCCCGUCAAAUCCACCAGAUGGUGAGGUUUAUCCAACAAGAAGCUGAAGAAAAAGCCACCGAGAUCUCAGCUUCUGCCGAAGAGGAAUUCAAUAUCGAGAAGCUUCAGUUGGUUGAAGCCGAGAAGAAGAAGAUCAGACAAGAAUACGAACGCAAAGAGCGCCAAGUUGAAAUUCGAAAGAAAAUUGAGUACUCGAUGCAGCUGAAUGCUUCUCGGAUCAAAGUUCUUCAAGCUCAAGAUGACAUUGUUAAUUCCAUGAAAGAAGUUGCAGCUAAGGAACUUUUGAAUGUGAGCCAUCAUCACCUUGUGGAGGAUAUUUUGCAUGUGGGUCAUCAUGAGUACAGAAACCUUCUUAAAGAUCUCAUUGUUCAGAGUUUGCUAAGACUGAAAGAACCUUCUGUCUUGUUGAGAUGUCGGAAACGUGACGUGCACAUGGUAGAACAUGUGCUGGAAGCAGCUGCAGAGGAGUAUGCUGAAAAAGCAGGUGUUAUUCCACCAGAGAUCGUUGUUGACCAUGAUGUAUAUCUUCCACCUGCACCCAAGCAUCACCAUCCUCAUGAUCCCUACUGCUCUGGUGGGGUGGUGUUGGCUUCUCGCGAUGGAAAGAUUGUGUGUGAAAAUACUCUUGAUGCACGGCUGGAUGUAGUGUUCCGCAAAAAGCUUCCAGAGAUUCGAAAACAACUAUUUGGACAAGUUGCUGUUUGAAGACAUAGAUUGCAUUCGUUGCCCCUGGAAUAUUUGUAUUCUGCACGGAUGCCAUUGCUUAUGUAAACUUGUUCUGAGAAACAACAUUUUUUUAGGGCCAAUUGUUCUCAUAUUGCAUGUGAUGAUGUGGUCAUGUGGCGGUCAAUUUCUAUUUACUUAAUUUAAUUGAUGAAAACCUUGAUGGUGUUUGCCCCGACUAGUUGCAAAUAAAAUAUUGGACAUUGCUGCCAACAAUAUUGAAAUAGAUACUGUUCUCCAA